CAGCCACAGCCACAGAAACGAGGCGCAGCAUUUGCAUUUUUCUUAGCCUGCGUCGUGUCUCGUUUCGGCUUACGAAGAAGCCUGUAACUCCUAGGUUCUUCCAAGAUUCUCUUGGAAGGCUAAGUCUCUAACUAAGCCACCAAGAGGUUGGCCAAAACACAUGCCCAGCCUAUCAGCCCACGCGUCCACGUCAUCUGGCCAGGUGCCGGUCCUUUUGAUUUAGAAUAUUUACAUACAACAUACUCUUGUACUAGAAUGCGAAUGCGAAUUACCGUGAUCGAAUCACUCGCUCAUUCCUACAGUCCCUACACUCGCUAUAAUUCAUCCUCGUAGAGCAUGGCUCCCAUACACGAUCGGCCCGGAGCUUUCUUCACCGAACAUCUAAUCCGGAGUGCCAGAGCUGCCGUGGUAGCAGCCGGUCCGGAAGUAGCCAGACUCGCCCGGCGGGACGCCGUAUCUCGUCGCGACCUAACUGUCACCAGCGACGCCCAAAAAGUCACGCUAGGCAUAAUCGCUGCCUACGUCGUUAUCAUUGCUAUUCUAUGGAACGUGCCUUAUGUACGAUGGUCGUUAUGGCCUUUCAAGAUGCUUGUCAUCGCUUUUCAUGAGUUUGGACAUGCUAUCACCGCUUGCUGCACGGGUGGGCGUGUCAAGUCUAUCUCGCUGGAUCCGCGCGAGGGAGGUGUCACUCAUAUGGUCGGCGGAAAGAGUGCUAUCACUUUACCAGCUGGUUACCUAGGAUCUUCCCUCAUCGGCGCCCUACUUAUAUUCUGCGGCUUCGACAUCGUUGCAAGCAAAAUCGCUAGUCUAGUACUAGCCGCCUGCUUUCUGUUGACUCUCUGGUGGGGUAAGAAGGACUGGCUCACAAUCUUGACCAUCUUGCUUGCGGUAGGGCUCCUAGUAGCUUGCUGGUUCAUAGUCCACGCCGAACCGCUGCGCUUCGUCGUGCUUUUUAUCGGCGUCAUGAGCUCUCUGUACAGUGUUUGGGAUAUUUGCGAUGACUUGAUCCUCCGCAAAGUCAACAGCUCUGAUGCCAGCGUUUUCGCCCAACGCUACGGUGGCUCUUCUCAAUGUUGGGGCGUCAUCUGGUCCAUCAUUUCCGUCUGCUUCAUGGCUGCUGGCAUUAUUGCUGGCAUUGCUGCAUUCCCGCAGUCAUUCGCACAGCAAGAAGAGGACUCCAAGAACUUCCUGCCGACCCGUUAAACGAAACCGAUGAUAAAGCUGAACAGGCAUGAAGGCAUGGAGACAUACCCAGGCACUUAAUGACUUAAUGAUCACUACGGAAUUCCCAAGCUCUUUAUCACUUGGGAACAUUGGGCGUACCGGCGGAACUGAUAUUCUGGUCUGUUAUAGAUACCCUUUAUUCCUUAUAGCAAUGGCGAGGUGCUCCAUCUUAUGUAUGCUAUUGUAUAAAUCUUAAUUGUUUUUUUUUUCUCAUCGUGGCCGGCAUUCACAUUUGUUAUUCUCUUAGUACGUACUGUAUACGGUUCGAUUUAGUCGAUGUGUUGUCACCUACGUAGUAAAACCUCGAGCUGUCACUGCGCAGAUUUUCAUCCAACGGCGUCUCUUACAUAGCCAGGCCGAAUGAUUAGUACAAAUUAACCAGAUAUCCUAAGAACCUAAAAUAAAACAGGGAGUUUUGU